GAAAAACAAACUCGCUUCUAAGCGACCUACACGGCUCGUUUACCGUUGAAAAAACCCUGACGUUUGUGUGUUAUUAUACCACGAAUUAUAAUCGUUCAUCUUUAAACAUCGAGACCAGCAAUUGGCGGCUUUGUCUAAUUGACUCUUAAAAUAGCUCAGUUCCGUUUCCGGUCGGUCGCUGGCAGUUCGGAGGGAGAGCUUCCUUGUCCUGUUGAUGAUAGCACAUCCUCGAAGCAUGGCUGGGAGACGAGCUGCACUCAAGGCCAUUGACUGGGUGGCUUUUGCAGAGAGGGUGCCACCCAGCCAGAGGACCAUGUUCAACAACCUGAAGACACGAAGCGAUGCCAUUUCUGCAAAGCUCGCCUCACUGCCUGAGAAACCUGCCGCCAUUGACUGGAGCCACUACAGGUCAGCUGUGGCUAAGGCGGGCAUGGUGGAUGAGUUCGAAAAGAAGUUCAGCGCCCUGAAGGUUCCUGAGCCUGUAGAUACUCAGACAGCGCUCAUCAACUCUCAGGAAGCAGAAGCGAACACAACAGCUGCUGCCUACAUUGAAGCGUCCAAAGCUCGUAUAGCCCGGUAUGAAAAAGAGCUGGACAAAUUCAGGAACAUGAUUCCCUUUGACCAAAUGACCAUCGAAGAUUUGAACGAGACCUUCCCAGAAACGAAGCUCGACAAAGUGAAACAUCCUUACUGGCCACACAAACCAAUUGCUGAACUGUAAAAGUGCCACUCUGAUUAAAUUAUAUAACGUGUAUCUUCAUCCAGGAAAAGCUGUACAGUAUGUGUAUAAAGUCCAUGUUUGCUCAUCCAGGAGUUUAUAAAAUGACUGAAAAUUC